AUGCAGUCCGAGGCGCCAAGACCUUUUGCCGCGCAAGACGCGCGCUUGGGCGAAGCCACUCGGGCAGGGAAGCGAUUUGGUGGCGACUCGUCGCAUGGUGGCAGGAAUCCUUUCAACGGUGUCUCCCCACUGACGCCCGGCGGUCUUGCCUCUCCAACAACCGGAGGCUCCUCGGCGUUUGGCCUUGGGUCUGGUGCGUUUGCAUCCUUUGGCUCUGCGGCCAAGACACCAAAGACCCCAGGCACGGCCUUUGAUUUCAAGACGACCGCCGCAAGCACCACUUCUACCUCCAGACCAACAACACCCGCGGACAAGAAGGAAAGGCCGCCUGGGAAGAUUUUCAACAGCGCACGAAAGGAGUCAAUAUCCACAUCGAUACCCGAAGACACAAUGAGCUCGUCCGGAGAGCUUGAUCCGAAGGCGCCUUGGCCCCUCAAGUGCACCUGGGUAGUAUGGUUCCGCCCUCCUACACCCAAGAGCAGCGAUUACGAAAAGUCGAUACAACCUGUGUUCAAAUUUAGCACAGCGCAAGAGUUUUGGAAAGUCUUCUCGCACCUCAAGCGGCCGUCUAGUCUCCCUACUGUCAGCGACUACAACGUAUUUAAACAGGGAAUACGGCCAGUCUGGGAGGACGAAGAGAACAAACGAGGAGGAAAGUGGAUUAUGCGCCUCAAGAAGGGAGUCGCGGACCGCUACUGGGAGUGGCUGCUCAUGGCUAUUGUCGGUGACCAGUUCUUGGAGGCUGGAGAGGAGGUCUGCGGCAUCGUAUUGAGUGUACGGAGCGGCGAAGACGUCUUCAGCAUCUGGACCAAGAACGACGGCGGACGCAAUAUCAAGAUUCGGGAAACCGUCAAGCGCGUUCUAAACUUGCCGGAUGGUACGCAAAUCGUCUGGCGAAGUCACGACGACAGCAUCGCGCAGAGAACAGCAAUAGACCAAGCGCGCCAUGAGAAAAACCACCAGGGCCACGAAAAGCGGAGAGUAACCUCGACAGACGAGUCGCAGCGGGACAAGGCGUUGGGAGGGUCAUAG